AUGGCUCGCCUUCUGAAUGGAACACUAGCGACCUUGCUCCCGUCGGUGGUGGUCCCGCGCCCGAUGCUGUCUUGCCCGGGAGCGUGGCCUCAUGACCCUCAACAGUCAAGUUCGGACCCGGUGUUCGCGUACUGCAUCUCGAAGUUCCCCGCAUUCAUAAACAACACCUCCUGGGAGCCACUCAAGGGCAUUGCGAGUCUCUUCUCGCACCUGGGCAACGUGACGACAGACGGCUCCGCGACCUUCGCGGACUCGCCGCUGAUCACGACGGUCGACGAGCAGCAUGUCGUCCAGAUGGUGAUUGACAAUCUAGACGACGGCGACCACCCGUUCCACCUCCAUGGCCAGAAGUUCUGGAUCGUCGGCCAGGGUGACGGGCGCUUCCAGGGCCAGACGAUCAACAACACGCUGCCUAUGCUGCGCGAUACGCUGGUCAUCCCCGCGUACACGCACGCCGUCCUGCGGUUCACCGGCGACAACCCGGGCUUCUGGGCCUUCCACUGUCACAUCCAGUGGCAUAUGUGCGCCGGUCAUACUGUCGCAAUCUGGUGA